ACAUGCUCAGAUCCAUCAGUUCAACCCGAGCUGGGCAUGGGCAGUGGAGGCAGGCAGCACGAGAUGGCGCUUCCCUGGUGGCUGGCCUCCACGGCGUGCGCGCCGCCGUCCGGCUCCCUCGGCGGCUGGCUCGCGUUCCUUAUCCUCUCCCCGUGCCCGCAGCGCGCGCUCCUCGGCGCCGUGGACCUCGUAUUCCUCGUCGCCUCCCUCGUGCUCGCCGCCCGCCGCCCACGCAGCGUAGAGUCGGGGCCGGCGGCUGCACCCGAGCGCGAGGCGCUCCUGCAGGAGCCGAAGACUUCGCCGCCGCUCUUCCGCUACGCUCUCGCGCUCGCGGCCUCGGCCGUGUUCGCGGCGGCGUCCGUCGUUCUCCUCGCGCUCGCGCUAGUGCUCCAGCCGGGCACGUCGUGGCGCGCCGUCGAGCUCGCCUUCCUCGCCGUCCACGCCGUCGCGCACGGUGUGGCCGCGUGGACCGUGGCCUCUGUGGUGAGAGGGGCAGGAGGAGAUGCUCCGGCCGCCGCCGCGCCUCCGGCACAUCUCCGCGUGUUCUGGCUCGCCACCGCUGUCGGCGCCGCGCUCUUUUCCGCCUCGGCGGCGGUCCGCAGCGCCGACGGCUCGCUGAUCUUCCCAGAUGACGUCCUCGCCUUUGCAGGUUUGCUCGUCUCGCUGCCUCUGGCGUACGUGGCGGUCACCGGCUUCACCGGCCGUGACGCCAGCGCGGGAGAUGGUGAAUCGGACCGCAACAGCGCGGAGGCGCUAGCCCCGCCGUACGCCGCCGCGUCGUUCCUGUCGCGCGCGACGUUCAGCUGGAUCAACCCGCUAAUCUCCAAGGGGUACGCAGCCAAGUCUCUCGCCGCCGAUGACGUUCCCCGGGUCUCUGCCGGCCACCGCGCCGAGGCGUCGUACGCUCUGUUCAUGUCCAACUGGCCGGCGCAGCGGUCGCGGCAUCCGGUGGCCAUCGCGCUGUGGCUGUCCUUCUGGCCACAGUUCGUGCUCACCGCCGCGCUGGGGCUCGCGAACAUCGCGGCCAUGUACGUCGGCCCGUCGCUCAUCGACCGGUUCGUCGAGUUCGUCCGCCGCGGCGGGACGCCAUGGGAGGGCCUCCGGCUAGUUCUCAUCCUACUCGUCGGCAAGGCUGCCCAGACGCUGUCGGCGCACCACUACAACUUCCAGGGGCAGCUCCUGGGCAUGCGCAUCCGCGGCGCGCUCCAGACGGCGCUGUACCGCAAGUCGCUGCGCCUGUCCACCGGGGCGCGCCGCGCGCACGGCACCGGCGCCAUCGUGAACUACAUGCAGGUGGACGCCGGGCUGGUUUCCUCCGCCAUGCACGGGCUCCAUGGCCUGUGGCAGAUGCCGCUGCAGAUCAUGGUGGCGCUGCUCCUCCUCUACACCUACCUCGGCGCCGCCGUGCUGCUGACGCUCGCCGUGAUCGCCGCGGCGACCGUCAUCACCGCGUUCGCCAACAAGCUGAGCCUGGACUACCAGAUCAAGUUCAUUGGCGUGCGCGACAGCCGCAUCAAGGCCCUCACGGAGAUGCUGAGCCACAUGCGCGUCAUCAAGCUGCAGGCCUGGGAGGAGACGUUUGGUGGCAAGGUGCGCGAGCUCCGGCAGGCCGAGGUGGGGUGGCUGGUGAAGUUCACGCUCUUCAUGUGUGCCAACAACGUGGUGUUCUCGAGCUGUCCGCUCGGCAUGACCGUGCUCGUGUUCGGGACGUACCUCGCCUCCGGAGGCGUGCUGGACGCCGGCAAGGUGUUCACGGCCACGUCCUUCUUCAGCAUGCUCAACGCCCCCAUGCGGGACUUCCCGCAGACGAUGGUCUCGUCCUUGCAGGCGUUCGUGUCGCUGGGCCGGCUGAACAAGUUCCUGUCGGAGACCGAGAUCGACGGCACGGCGGUCGAUCGCGUCGAGAGCGUUGCCGCUGGCGCGGUGGCCGUGAAGGUGCAGGGUGGUGUGUUUGCCUGGGACGUGCCGGCCAGCGAGGCAAACAAUGGCGAGCCGGGCCAUGGUUCGGAGCAUAAUGGCCAUGGGGAGGAGCCAAAGAUGGAGACGGUGCUGAAGGGGAUUGACGUGGAGGUGAGGAAGGGUGAGCUCGUGGCGGUAGUUGGGAUGGUGGGGUCCGGCAAGUCGUCGCUGCUGUCCUGCAUCAUGGGAGAGAUGCACAAGCUCUCAGGCAAGGUUAGCAUAUAUGGAAGCACAGCAUUUGUUGCGCAAACUGCUUGGAUCCGAAAUGGAACCAUUCAAGAGAACAUUUUGUUUGGAAAGCCAAUGCACCCAGAGAGAUAUUCAGAAAUCAUACAUGCUUGCUGCCUGGAAAAGGAUUUGGAAAUGAUGGAUUUCGGUGACCAGACUGAAAUAGGUGAGCGAGGGAUCAAUCUCAGUGGGGGUCAAAAACAGCGCAUCCAGCUUGCAAGGGCAGUUUAUCAAGAUUGCGAUAUAUAUCUUCUUGAUGACAUCUUUAGCGCAGUUGAUGCUCAUACUGGAUCAACUAUUUUCAUGGAAUGUCUGAAGGGCACACUCAAGAAUAAGACUGUUAUUCUUGUCACUCACCAAGUGGACUUCUUGCAAAAUGUGGAUACAGUAUUUGUAAUGAAAGAUGGGCUAGUCAUCCAGUCUGGGACUUAUCAUGAAUUAAUAGAAUCCUCCUCAGAGUUUUCGGUUCUUGUCACUGCUCAUCAUAGUUCAAUGGAGAUGGCUAAGGAACAAGGCUGCCUAGAUCAGAACACCGAGACUUCUGUGGAUACCAAGUCCAGAAAUGAAAGUGGCGAGAUGACUGCCAUUGCACAGAACAAAGAAACAAAUUCCUCUAAGCUGAUCCAGGAAGAGGAAAGGGAAAGCGGCCAAGUCAGCUGGCGUGUGUACAAGUUAUAUAUGACAGAGGCCUGGGGUUGGCGGGGAGUUCUGGUCCUUUUAGCAGUCUCACUGCUUUCAGAGGGCUGCAGUAUGGCGAGUAACUACUGGCUGUCAUAUGAAACAUCAGGAGUCGCCAUAUUUAACACUUCCUUAUUUCUUGGUGUUUAUGUUUCAAUAGUUGCUGCUACAAUUGUAUUCGGAAUGAUUAGCAAUCUUGUUGUGACAUUCUCGGGCCUUCAAUCAGCCCAGGCCUUUUUCAACAAGAUGUUUGAUAGCGUUCUACGAGCUCCGAUGUCUUUCUUCGACACCACUCCUUCAGGAAGGAUCCUAAGCCGGGCAUCUUCAGACCAACUGAAAAUUGAUAUUGUCCUUGUGUUUUAUAUUGGUUUUGCCACAUCAUUGUGCAUUUCAGUGAUUACCAGCGUUGCUGUUACUUGCCAAGUUGCAUGGCCGUCGGUCAUAGCAGUACUUCCACUGCUGUUUUUGAACAUUUGGUAUCGGAACCAUUAUAUUGCAACAUCUCGAGAGUUAACUCGUCUUCAAGGAGUAACAGAGGCACCAGUUACUGAUCACUUGACUGAAACCUUUUUGGGUGCUCCAACUGUCAGGUGCUUUAGAAAGGAGGAUGAGUUCUACCAGACCAACUUGGACAGAAUUAAUUCGAAUUUGCGCAUGUCUUUUCAUAAUUAUGCGGCUAAUGAGUGGCUUGGAUUUCGCUUGGAGCUAAUUGGCACACUUAUUUUGUCUAUAACUGCUUUUCUCAUGAUCAGCUUGCCCAGCAAUUUCAUCAAGAAAGAAUUCGUUGGCAUGUCCCUUUCCUAUGGUCUUUCUCUCAAUUCCUUGGUGUACUACACGAUUCUCAUAAGCUGUAUGGUUGAAAAUGAUAUGGUAGCUGUAGAGAGGGUACAUCAGUAUAGUACUCUCCCUUCUGAGGCAGCAUGGGAGGUUGCAGAUUGCCUUCCCUCACCUAAUUGGCCCAGCCGAGGAGAUAUUGAUGUGAAAGAUCUGAAGGUUCGGUAUCGUCGAAAUACACCUCUAAUCUUGAAAGGUAUUACAGUAAGUAUUAAGAGCGGGGAAAAGAUCGGAGUUGUGGGAAGGACUGGCAGUGGCAAGUCGACUUUAGUGCAGGCCUUAUUCAGGAUUGUGGAGCCUGCAGAAGGACGUAUCAUUAUCGACAGUGUUGAUAUCUGCACUUUGGGGCUUCAUGAUCUGAGGUCUCGCUUUGGUGUGAUUCCCCAAGAACCUGUGCUCUUCGAGGGAACUGUAAGGAGCAACAUAGACCCAACUGGGAGGUAUUCUGAGGCUGAGAUAUGGCAGGCCCUCGAGCGUUGCCAGCUAAAGGAUAUAGUAGCUUCAAAACCCGAGAAGCUUGAUGCACUAGUUGCCGACAUGGGGGAGAACUGGAGUGUAGGGCAGAAGCAGCUCCUCUGCUUCGGCCGCGUUAUACUGAAACGUAGUCGGAUCCUCUUUAUGGACGAGGCGACAGCUUCUGUUGAUUUACAAACGGAUGCAGCAAUCCAGAGAAUCAUCCGAGAGGAGUUCGCUGAAUGCACUGUCAUCAGCAUUGCACAUCGCAUACCGACUGUCAUGGACAGUGAUAAAGUUUUGGUAUUAGAUGCAGGACUAGUGAGAGAGUUUGAUGCGCCCUCAAAAUUGAUGGGGAGACCGUCGCUCUUUGGAGCGAUGGUUCAGGAGCAUGCAAAUCGCUCUUCUAGCAUGCAUCCAGUUGAUGGAAUGUAAAUCAUACAAUUUAUUCAGUUUACAACUGAUACAAUUUGAGUUAUAAAACUAUACAAACCAAUAAGUGAAUUGGCCACAUCUUCCAUUAGCUUAA